GACCCUUUACUUGUACCUCGUGGAGUCGUCUCUCCGCCGUAACUCUCUCUCUCAGUCUCUCAGACUACCCUCGGUAGUCUCAGAGAACCUCGCUUCAUCUCCGGCGGUCGAUUGGACGGACUUGGUGGUUGUCGCGCCUCUUAUCACUGUCAUGCAUAGUUUUUGCUCAGUGUCAGUGUAUUGAAAAGGUCAACCGCUGAGACUGGCCUUGUUCAAUUCUUGCAGUUUCUCAAUAUGAUUGCGGCUGAAACCAUUGUAUCAAACAAGAACUUCAUGCUUAAGUUCUCCAAGAAAAGAAUAGAAGCUGCUCCUGGCACAGGAUCAUGUGAGCAGGGGCAGCGGGUCUCAUUUGUUGAUGAGCAGAAUCACAGUAGUUUUGUGAAUGCAAGUAAUCAAUCUGAGAUGAAAAAGAUGCACAACUCCGUGAGUUGUCCUGGUGGUGGAAAGAAGUUGGAUCCCGAGUAUUUGAAGUCAAAAUCCUCUAUGCCAGGGUCUAACAAGCGUGGACCCCAACAGAUGACAGAGUGUCAAAGGGAGAAGAGGCAAAAGAUGGACCGCAGUGCGACUUCACAGUGUUCUACCAUUUUGAAAAAACUGAUGAGUCAUCCUGCUGGUUGGGUUUUCAACCAACCAGUGGAUCCUGUGGUAUUAAACAUUCCAGAUUAUUUCUCAGUUAUAAAGAACCCCAUGGAUUUGGGAACAAUAAAGUCCAAACUAGUGAAGAAUAUGUAUUUUGGCACAGAGGAAUUUGAGGCUGACAUUAGACUGACCUUUUCCAAUGCAAUGCUUUACAAUCCUCCUGAUAAUAGCGUCCACAAAAUGGCAGUGGAAUUAAACAACAUUUUUGAGACAAGAUGGAAAGCUUUUGAGGAAAAGUGGAAUCUUGAAAGCUUGAAGGUUGGGCAAGGGAAACUUUUGAAUGGACGAGUGAAGGAGACUAAUGAUACAAGACAGAAUGUUGAUAAAGCACCUCCUUCGCAUAAUAUUUUGUUGCUUAAGAGGUCAGUGCCAUCUGUUGAGAAGGUCACAAGGAGUUCUGAUGGAAGAGAUGUUGAACUAGCCAAGACAGCACGGAACUGCACACGAAAGUCAACAGGAAAAGACUUUCAAAAAGGAGUUGACAGUGGUAGUAGACAUGCUUGUGGCUCUGUCAAUGCAAAAGUUCCAUUGAGCUCGAUUGCUCGCAAAUGUGGUAGAUGUGGUGACAUUACAUGCCAAUGCAUACUACCUUGUGAUUCAACCCAUACAUCCUCAAGCGAUUUAUCUUCGGAAAGAUCAUUGGGUAGAGAUCAUCGUGUGUGUGGUGUGGAUGCUUCCAUUCAGGAUUGUCAGGCUAAAAGCAUGUCAGUGUCCCAAAUGAGGAAGACAGGUCCAGAUUCUGAUGGGGGUGUAUGUGCUUUUGACGAUGAAAAUGCAUGCCUUACUUCCCAGACCACACUUUCUACUACAGAUUCUGCUUCCCAAGGAGGAUGUCCAGAUUUUGAUGUACAACUUUCACCUAAGAAGGCCCUCCGUGUGGCAAUGCUGAAGAGCCGCUAUGCAGAAACGAUUCUUAAAGCACAAGAAAAGACACUGCUUGACAAUGGUAAUAAAGCUGAUCCUUUGAAGAUGCAGCAGGAAAAGGAAAGAUUGGAAAGGAGACAACGUGAAGAGAGGGCUAAGAUUGAAGCCCAAAUUAGAGUGGCUGAAGCUGCCUCACGAAUGAAGGAAGAGCUUGAUCUGAAGCAGAAGCGGGAACGAGAAAGGGAAGCUGCUCGUGCUGCGGUUCACAAGGUGGAAAAAACUGUUGAUCUUGAAGAGAAUUUGUGGAUUCAGAAGGAACUGGAUAUGUUGCUUGGCUGUUCUUUGUCUCACACGCGAACCCUAUUAGAGCAGCUAGGUCUGUUUAUCAAAGUUGAGUCCAUGGAAGAUGAUUAUGAGGUGAAUCUGAAUGUAGAUGGGGAGGAAGGGGAGAUUUUUUCAUGAAGUUGAACUCCCUGUUCUAUAGUUUGAUUUGUUCUUUUUUCCAGCUCUGCUUGUUUAUAUCAUCCUAUAGUUAGGAGGGGGAAAAGAGACAUUGUAAAUGCAUAUUUUUUUGUUUUAAUGAAACGAAAAUGUUUACGUAGUAAUAUAAAAUUCUCUUUGUGCUA